AUGUCCGAACGAAAGGUACUCACGAAGUACUACCCUCCAGACUUUGAUCCGUCGAAGAUCGGAAGAACACCCAAGCACUUACGGCCCACUGGUCCGAAGACCAUUAGCGUUCGGUUGAUGGCGCCUUACAGCAUGAAGUAUCCCAAGAACAUGGACUAUACGUCUGAAAGAGGCGCGAAGCGAAAUUUCGAGCCAUGGAGGGACCCAGCAAGCAAGGAACUGCAAGAGACAGACGAGCAGCGGCUCGACAGAUUGGAGAGAGAAGAAGCAGAGGCUGCCGAAGAGGAGGAGCGAAAUGCCAUGGAAGAGCUUGAAGCGAAGAUGGAGGAAAGCAAGCGAGAAAUGCAAGUUGCUGACGCGCUAGAUGAGAUUCGAACGAGGAAUGCGCGCAUAGAGCGUGGUGGUAAAGGUGGCAAGGAAGAUCAGGCUUUGGCGCAGGCACGGCUUGAGAGCAACGAGUCAAGGUUGCGUGAAGAGCAGGAACUGGAAGAAGCUGCACGGCUUGUAUUUGCAAAAGACAAUGUGGAAAGAGCAAGGUUAGAGGAGGAGCAAGAGCUCGAUUCUGUGGCAGACAGGGAGACUGAAAGCAAGCCUGCUACUUACAGUUUCGAAAAAGAGCCAAGGCCCAGGAAAGUGAACAACAGCACAAUAUUGCUGAAGAAAGCAAUAAGCAACACUACAAAACCGCCAGCAGCUGCGGCCGUGCCGGUUGUUGCCAGUGGCUUAGGUCUGGCUGGAUAUGAUUCCGACGAGGAGGAUUGA